CUUAUCAUUAGUUGAUAAAUAAAAAUGUUAUUAGGUUAAUUCUUUAACUUUUAUAAGUAGUUAAUGUUUCUAUAAAUUUUACCUGAAAAACAAUAAUAUAAUUCUGAUGAUUUGGAACCUCGCAAACGAAAUUGUACUUUAUUAAUUUCCAAAAAUAUUUCAACUAAUCAGGAACAAAGAAAGGCCAUUUAGGCCUAAUAAACCUUUCUUCAUAUUAUGCAAGAUGAAUUUGAUUUUGAUAAACUUCCUUAUCACGUUAAAGAGAACAUAUUCAAGUGUCUUCCUUUUAGAGAUAUUGCGGUAAUUUGUACAGUUGAUUUAACAUGGCUUUCUAUUGGAAACAAAGUGAUUAGAAAUCAUUUCUUUGACUUAUGCAAACUGACUAAUGAAGAGCUGAUAAGAUUAAAAGGAGAACUUAAGCUACUCCCUCGCACUGCUGUAUGUCUGCAGCGUAGAUUGGUGAUAUUGAGGUCAUAUUAUCUUCUUGAAAUGCUUUUAUGUGAGCUUGAAAUUGUUAAAGUUAUAUGGAAAAAUAUUCUUUACAAUAGAGAAGGAAAUACUUGUUCUCUUGGAGUUCUGCUUGAUGAGCUUUACCACACAUUUAAGAUGUGUAAGCGAAGAAACCUGCCUGCAUGGCGUGAGGAGAAUGAAAUAGAAAGCAGGAUGCUAAAAUAUACAAAAGCAUUCUUUGAUUACAAGUUGAAAGAUAUUGACUUAAAUAAGUAUUUUGGCUGCUUGAUUGUAGAUUUUAUGGACUUAAUGAUUGACCGGGAAUACACUGUUGAUGUUUGUUAUACUCUUCAACGAAAUAUCUGCACCAUUAAUGGUUUCUAUAAACUACCGAACCCACGGUACCUUAACAGACCUCCACAGUUACAAGACAUGCAUUCUGACAGGCCAUCUUUAGUUGAUAAGAAGAAAAUUUUGCAGUUUUUCAUAAACUUGGUUAGAAUCAACAAUAGAGUUACUUUACGGGAAGAGCAGUAUAACAAAGAAACAGAAUUCUCUUUGGGGUUUGGCAAUCCCGAUCAAGGUUUUAUUAAUAUCGAGAAUAUGGCAAUUAUGAAUGAGGUGAGAGAUCAUCUGAUGACACUUGCUGAAAAGAACUAUGAAUUAAAAAAAACUGAUGGAUUAUAUGACAUAAUGGCUUCAUUCCAGUCAGAGGGUUUUGAUACAAAUAACUUGGAUAAAGGAUUUUCCUGUUACUUCCACAUCAUUUGUCCAUUGAGGGAAGCUCCAAUUCAUGUGAUCACCAGCUGGAAUAGAAUUAAACAAAAAAUACAGAAUAAUUUACUUUCGGAUAAUACUGAUGAAAGUCGUGAAUUGAGAGACUUAGUAUUUUUUCAAGAUUCUGGGAACAGUUCAGAAGAAGAUGAUCUUCCUGUGCAAAAGCCUCAUUCAGGUGAGACUUAUGUUUUUGGAUGUACAAUCAAGUCAUCGCUGUUGCGUCAUGAUAUUACAGAAACUUCAACUUUAAUAAUUGUUGAGCCAUAGGAAAGGUAAGUUUUAAGACAAUUAUAAGUUGACUUUGAAAAAAUAAACGUCCGCUUUUAAUAACUACU